AUGUCGCUGAGCAAAGCGCCACGUCAAUCGUUCAUCAGAUUCGUGAUUGCGAGCCGCACCGCGAGCACAUCGACCGGCUCAAUUCCAGCACCAGCGCGAAUUCAACUCAAAAUUCCCAAUGAGCAGGGACAUUUCAAAUACACGCGCAACUGGUCGAGAGAUCCGCGCUACGCGAAAAACGCUAUUCAGAAGGGUGACACGCCAUUCACAUUCAUGACGCGUCGCCUCGGACACGCCUAUGAAGUCUAUCCGUUGUUGGUCUUGUGCGGAACGUGGUUCGCAUUGUUCCUCUACGCGUGCUAUUGGAGUUUUGGAAAGGUGGAAGUGUGGCUGGAUCGAAGUAGCAAGGUGGCGCCGUGGGAUUGGGAGCGAAUUCGUGACAAGUACUGGAAGCUUCCAACAGUCGCAAUGGAUUUGGACGGCCGCACGCGCAAACGUUGCGAGAUCAUGGAAAUGCUUCAGGACGAGAUGUUGGAAGCCGCCAAGAAGCGCGGAACUCGAUAA